AUGGACGUGGAUAGGCUAUUUGAGCUUCUAGGAGGAAUUACUUCAUCUUAUUCCAUGUUCAGGUUCCGCCCGACGCCGUUUGAGGUGCUGCAGUAUUAUUUGAGCCCUAAGCUGAGAGGUGCAGACAGCCUUCGGACUACAUUAAAGAUCUCGAUGUGUACAAGUAUGAUCCCGACAAAUUCCUCUCGGUAUGUGAUGCCAUUUAUUUUGCCUGGGCUUUCCUAUGUAUUCAUAAAUUUGGGCUUUCUAUUUGAGAUUCUGUCUCUGAUUGAGUACAAGGACAAAGGAGAUGAUGACAGGGCAUAUUUUUUCGUACCCCUCACUAAAGAAAUCUUACAAGGGAAGGGGAAUGGGACAAGAACAACUCCAAAUGGAUACUGGAAAAUUUACGAAGGGAAUAUUCCACUCUAUGGACCGGACGGAAAAAUUAUCGGGCUCAUGAACAAGUUAGAGUUAUACAGUGGAAAGGAUCCCAAUGGAGUUCUUACGGCUUGGAAGAUGGUCGAGUAUAUGAAUCAUCGUUGUGUUAGAUGCAGCAAAGCGGCACCUUUAAUGGUUUGCAAAAUGAAGUUCAAGGCUCGUGAGGAGGUUGUGGUCCUUGUGGACGACGAAAUGUAUGAGGAAGAAACGUCAUCUGAAGAAGAAGAAGAAGGCAGCAACAAUUCAUCAAAGUAAAAAGUCUGAUGGAAAAAAAAUACCUUGAGGUGUUAAUAGUUUGAUACUGUUUUUGGCCUGUCUUACCCAGAAAAUCUAUGUUGGCAACCAAAAUUAACAAACCAUGGUGUUAAUAUUUUCUUGAAGUAGAAUAUGUUCUGAUCUCAGAAGGAUUCUCAGUAAUGCAUUCA